GUUUAUAAACAUGCCGUCGAUUGUUUAAUGUUGAAUCAGCUGCCCAUCUGUUGAUGGGUACCGGGGUGUGUUGGUUGUGAUCUUGGAGAGGGGUAGAUCGUACUGCAUUGCGAUGUUUUUGGUGCCUGAGACGGAGAAGGUGAGUGUUGGAAGCAGGUUGUGCAUUGUUGGAGGUUUGCAGCGUGAUGAACAAACUCAACUGUUAACCGAUACCGCUCAGUGUCGCUACGAUGCACAGAUUUUUUGUGUCGACGGCUCCUUGCGGAUGGUUGGGGUUCAGCGUCGGAAAGUUCCUUUGGAGUGAUUCUGAUCUAUGGUUCGUGGGGAUUAAAGCAGUAGCUGGAGGACGAGACGACGUCAUGAACAGCUGGAAUUCAGAAUCUUAACUGAGAUUCUUGCAAUAGAUUAUCACCUCUCAGGAGUGGAGGUGUGGUGUGGAGGCAGCAGGAAGUGCGAUCUUGCUUCUGAACAUCAGUAUGACCCAUGAAUAUAUUGUCUGGGGCUGCGGGCAUGGCCAGAACGCGACGGCAAUUUUGCUCUUGAUGGUGGCUAUGGCGUGCAUGGGUGUUCCAGUGACGGCUCAAGUUCCAUCUCCAAGCAUACCUCCAGAGUCGCCCAGCCCGCCUGUGACUUGUAACUUUGCAAACACCUCAACAAUCUCGAGUAAUUGGUGCAAUUAUAACGAACAGUCCAGCACGGAAUCGCUGACUCUAGGGUGUAAAAGUUUCUUGACGAAUUCUAGUGUGCCCGCUCCGAGUACAGAGUGCUGCCAAGGUUUUAACAGCAUCGCAAACAAAAGCACCGCUUGCAUAUGCAUGGCGACGUUCUACCCCCCUGCAACUCAUAAUAUGACCCGGCAGUUGGAACUUCCUAGGCUGUGUGGUUUGAAAACUGAUCUGUGCGGACAGUGCCCGACAUUUCUCGUGUCACGCUCGAACGCAACUGCUUCUCCAUAUACUGCGGACGCACCCAACUCGGCAGGAAGAUCAGUGGCUUCGACAGUGGGAGCCAUUUCACUUGCGGUAGUGUUCGGAUUGCUUCUGGUGGGUGGCAUCAUCACGAUGAUCAUAGUAUUCAUCAAGAAACGGAGAGCGAAGAAGAAUCCUCCUGGAAUUUUUGAAGCUCCUCCACCUGGGGGAGCAUUUUAGCGAUUCGAUGCAUGAGCAUUUGGAUCGUAUAUUGUGGAGAUUCAUCUCAUAAUCCUCACGACCUUCACGUCUGUCGGUCAAUCAACCCCGUCAUUUCUCCUGUCGACAAUACAAGCGAAACUCUUUACUCUUGCCUUUCGACAUUCUGCACUUGUCUACGAUUGAGAUGAUGAUUGAUUUUUUCUCGCUGAAGUCAUCUUUGAGUGGUUCCUUCCCAAGCCUGCAAAAUGCAAAUGACUUUGACAUCAUCUUGCGGUUGGUUCAUUGAUUCCAGAACCCUAAAUUGUCACCAAAGUUCUCGCCUUUGCGGGUCGUAUGCUGAAAGGGAUACUCUUCGUUCACUUAUUCCUGCCUCUCAUACUCAGAUCCCCCUCAUGUUUGUCCAAGUCCGCUGCUCCGCGCCGCAGCCACCAUGGUCUCUAAUCAUAGUGAGAAAAGAAAAGAUAAUAGAAAAAGGAAAAGAGUGAGUCAGACAAGUGAAGGAAAGAGAUUAGCAAUUUAUGUGUUACUUCAUACAUACAUACAUACAUACAUACAUACAUUUCUUAA